AACUUUUCCAUAUCGCCGUACGCUUUCAAUAUUCAUUAUCUUAAUCAAUUUUCACCCUUUUCUUGUUCAACAAGUUUUCAUAUUAACUUCCACUACUAAAAUCGUUUUUUGGUGUUUUGAAUUUUCAUUUUAUUCUUCUAGCCUUUAGAGGAAGAAUGAAUGACGAUGCUCUCUACGGGGUUUUUGCCGAUUCGUCUUGUGGAAAACGGAGAAAACACGACGAUUCCUCGAGGAUACAAGACCUCACUAAACCGGUGAAUUUUGUUUCAACCGGAACUUUCAUGCCUAAUGAGGAUAAAUUUGAUGACAAUAAGCAGGAGCAGAGUCUAGGUCACGAGGAAUCAGUGGAUGUUGGGAAAUUGGAGAAUUACAACGGAAUGGGAAUGAAGCUGAUGGAGAAAAUGGGUUAUAAAGGAGGUGGUCUUGGGAAGAAUGAGCAGGGUAUAUUAAAUCCUAUCGAGGCGAAACUGAGGGAUAAAUAUUCUGGUCUUGGAUUUAACAUAUCUAAUGAGACUACAACUCCGUUGCCCUCUUUGGAGACGGAGAAGAAGAGUGAACCGGGAGAAGGCAUUCAGCCUGUAGUCGGAAGAAAGAAAAGACGUAGGUAUAAGAACAUAACAAGUAUGCUGGAUCGAGUCCAAGAAGAAAAUGCAUUAGCAUUGGAUUCCCUUGCUCAAUACUUUAGGCACAUGCACAAAAGAUAUGUCGAGUAUUAUAAGUCGUGUAAAUUGGCAUGCGUUGCAUACUCAUAUGCUCUGCCUUUGUUUAUCAGAGUGUUCCAAGGAUUGGAUCCUCUUCGAAAUCCAUCUCAUGGUUUGGAGUUGGUAUCAGAGUGGAAGACAUUGCUUCUAGGAGAUGAUAGUUUUGGUAUACAAGUCAUAUCAUCACCUUAUACACAUUUGGUUUCAGAGGUUGUAUUGCCGGCUGUUAGAAAAUCUGGUAUCAAUACCUGGCAAGCACGGGAUCCUGAGCCAAUGCUACGGUUUUUGGAUUCAUGGAAAAAGUUGCUUCCUUCUUCAGUUCUUGCUACUAUAUUAGACACCAUAGUCAUGCCCAAACUAUUAAGUGCUGUAGAUACUUGGGAACCACACCGCGAGACAAUUCCUAUCCACACAUGGGUGCAUCCAUGGCUACCUCUGCUAGGGCACAAGAUGGAGAGGGAGGGUAUCUACCAGAUUGUUCGUUUCAAAUUGAGUAAUGCUCUUGGCACGUGGCACCCAAGUGAUGGUUAUGCAUAUGCUAUAUUGUCCCCUUGGAAGGCUUUAUUUGAUUCUGAUAGUUGGCAACAACUUAUAUACCGUUAUAUUGUACCAAAGCUGAAGGUUGUCUUGCGAGACGACUUCCAAGUGAACCCGAGAAGUCAGAAUCUUGCUCAAUUUUAUUGGGUGAUGAACUGGGCUUCGGCUAUUCCAAUUCAUCUGAUGGUUGACAUAAUGCAGAUCUUCUUUACCAAGUGGCUUACGGUUUUAUAUCAUUGGUUGUGCUCAAAUCCUAACUUUGGUGAAGUUAGAAAAUGGUAUUUGGACUGGAAAGAACUUAUUCCAAAAGAACUUUUGGCAAAUGAGAGUAUUCGAUACAAGCUCCAUUGUGGUCUUUGUAUGAUGAACCAGGCUGUUGAAUGUAUGGAGGUGGUGCAACCUUGUUUGAAGGAGAACAUAAGCUAUAUUAGGGCAAGUGAGCAGAGGAAAUUUGAGACUCAGCAAAAAGCAGCAGCCUCUUCUCAACAACAGGCUACUGCAAGCUUGGGUGGUGCUGUCAAUGCAUAUGGUGUGAAUGAAAUCAGCGUGAAAGAACUUAUUGAAGCCUAUACUCAGGAUCAUGGUUUACUGUUCAAACCUAAAUCUGGUAGAAUGCACAACGGUCAUGAAAUAUAUACGUUUGGCAAUGUCAGCAUAAUUAUUGACUCUCUAAACCAAAAGGUCUAUGCCCAAAAUGCAGAAACAUGGUCUUUAGAAACCCUCGAACAAUUGCUAGAGUUGCAAAAUAAAUUCCUUAGUAAAAGACGUUGAAUUUCUUUAGGGUUUUUGUAUCAGUUAUUUUCUCUUGAUUUGCUGUCUAAGGAUAUCCUAGUUUUCUUAUGUUUUGUUUCAAUAUCCUACAUGCUGUAAAAUUAUAGGCAGAUAAUAUAGGCAAAAUGAAGUCAUCGUUUUUUUUCCUUCGUAAUGUUAACUGUUGUUUUGGAUGUGAAUAUAUUUAGAGAUGAG